AUGGUUUUGGUAGCACUUAUCACAGGAGGAACCAGUGGCAUCGGCCUCGAUGUCGCUCAACGACUCGACCUCACCGGCCUCUGGAAAGUUCACAUCAUUGGUAGCAACUUGGAACGCGGCAAAGCGGCCGCUGCGUCGCUUAAGAAUACCACUUUUCACCAGGCUGAUGUGACAAAGUACGAGCAGCAGGGCAAUACGUUUCAGAAGAUCUUCAACGAGGAGAAGAGAUUAGACUUUGUCUUUGCGAAUGCCGGCGUCGCCGAAGACACGGUCUUCUUCUCCAAGCAUGAAACAGGAAUCCCGCCACGGCCUGAUAUUGCUGGACUAACGGAUAUUAACUUGACCGGCGCCAUCUAUACAAGUUACCUCGCCAUGCACUAUUUUCGCCGAUCGCCGGAGGUAACGAUGGGGAAGAGAAACCUGAUUAUCACGUCGAGCAUCGGUGGGUUAUACCCAUGCAUGCAUACGCCGGUAUAUUCAGCGACAAAACAUGCUUUGGUUGGGUUUACACGCUCGAUCGGUAAACAAUUGUGGAACGAAGGUGUGAAAGUGAACGCGAUUUGCCCAGGAGUAGUCAUCACACCUUUGAUUACACCAGAGCUGAAGGCUUACUUCUCGGAGAAGGUCCUGAUCACUACGAGUGAUGUGACCAACGUGAUCUUUAAGCUGAUCUCGCAAGAUGACGUAAGAGAUUCAAAGGGGACGUUUGUCUCGCGCGAUCAGCUUCAUUCGCAAGCAAUCCUAGUGUCCGGGGAGAAGUACUACUGUGUCGACAUACCAGAAUAUUUUGAUGAGGUGACGCAACUAACUCAUCAGCAUAUGAUGGGUUGA